AUGUCUGGCGCAGCGAAAAAUAUCGAGAAAGUGAAUUUAUCACUUCCAGAGCCUUUUACGGUAUGUCUCGGCUUCUCAAUCAAAGGAAAAUAUGGUUUUUUAGAUUGAGCUGCCCAAGGAGGGUGCCCCAUCGGCGCGCGACGAUCACAGGAUUUUGAAGUCGUCAUCGUAUAUCCUGAAAGUUUCAUCGCGUUUUCCUCGUCUUGGAAGCCGAAUGAAAACUGGCGUCGAUCUUGUCUCUGGCGACCGUUUGGAAGAAAUACUCAGUAUGAGUUUAAUUAACUUUUAAGCUGCUCAUAGGCAAAGUCGGAAGGACCCUUUACGGACCUUUAAACGUCCCUUAUGGAAGGUUUCCAUUAAUUUUUCCUCACCAGGUGGCAACGGUUUCCUUUUUACUGCCUUUACUUCCGACUUUGGCAGUGUUGGGCUUUUCUCUGUGUAUUUUCAUUGAAAAUUAUUUUUGAAAAUUUCCAGACUUUGUCAAGCUGAAAGGCCGUUUGUGUAGCAGGAGUCCUUCGAAGCGUCCGACGGCACGGGAACUGUUGCGCCACGAUCUACGCAAUGAGUUAGGCCGCGAAGGCCCCGAAGUCUGCUUUCCGUCAGCAGAGAGCGAUCUCUUUGAAGGCUCUUCUGACGAUGGAGAUUUCGUGGAAGAUUAUGAAUCUGAUGGAGAUGAAAUAUACAUGAGAAUGGAACGAGAUCGAGAGGAGAUGAUGCGAGUUAUGCGAGAAAUGGAUGAAUCGGAGGAAGAAGAUGAUGUAUUAGAAGAGCAAUAUGGUGUUCAAGGCGAGGAAGAAGAAGCCGAGGGAGAAGAAGAUGAGGAAGAUGAAGAUGAAGAGGAAGAAGAUGAGGAGGAGGAAGAAGGAGAACCGCAGGAGCCAGAUGAACCUCUUCAAAACUAUGGAGUGGCUCACGAUGAUGAUCUAGAUUCCUAUGGAUACCUGGACGAGGAAGAAGAUUUGGAUCUUGGAGACGCACAAGCUGAGAGCGGAAGUCGGGAUGACCGCCACCAAUUUAGCGUUGAUAUCCUGAACGUACGUCUUUCAAUUUUUAAUUGAGGGGGGCGGCUCUUUUGAUUUUUGAAAAAUCUUGUUCUUCUUGGAGUUCAAUAGCUCCAGAUUAACGCCAUGUUUAAAGUAAUUUCCGCGAAAUGCCAACAAAUUUAUUUGUGAAAAAGUAUUCAGUUUUCUCUUACCAGUGAGACGGGGUCUACAUAUCCUCAAAAAUGAACGCGAUCGGAGACAAUAAAAUUUUCGACUUUUGAGGGUCCAUAACUUUUUUUUCACAAAUCUCCUCGGCAGUUUUUGAGACGAGAUUUGAGCUCAGAGUGAAAAAUGCAUCUAAAAAACUUGGUCUCAUUUGGAUCCCAUUUUUCAAGUCUCAAAUGUAAAUUUUUGGUUUUUUGCUCAUAACUCCAGUAAGUUGAAGGUUCCAUUUUUAAAAACGAGUUAUUGAACUUUUCGAAAGUUUUGCUAAUUUUGAGAGGAAUUUAUGCUUGAGAACCACUUUGAAACAACUUUGUGACCAAAACUGUAUAUGUAUAAAAGCUUUUUGAAACUUUUGAAACUUUUAUUCAGUCUUCAGAGAAAGAUCAUGGAAUAAUUGAAGAGUUGUUUGUCGCUUCGCGAAACUUGCGUUGAUCAAGCGUAGACGAUGCGUAGAGCAUCUCUCUUUCCUAGGGAUAGUAGUAGACGAUUUUCAAGCGUUCCGACGAUCAUCCAUGUAGAAACAGUACGGCGCCCAGCUUUUCCAGGGCUGAUGGGCGUCGGAUUGAAUCUCAGACGAGAUCGGAAGAGGAGAGUACUACUUAACAUUAUUUUUUGCAGAGGUUGGCUCGGGUGUCCCAGUCGCUGACUGGCCACAAUGCAGAACUGAAAAAGGAGUAUCGGAACGCGAAGGAGGGGUGUGAACCGAUUCAGCAAGAGUUGAAUGUUCUGAAGACGGCCAUCGAGUCGGCCAAGGAGCUUCGUAAGCAGAGGAACAACGAUUACAUGAAACUAAAGUUGGUUUCUUCCCAUUUUCGACUCAGAAAUUUUGUUUUACAGAGAUUAUAAGCAGAGAAUAUUGGAAAACGACCAAAUCUGGUGA